AUUUAAUCCUAGCUACUGCAGCAUCCCUCUCUGCCUUUAGUCAAUACGGCAGCAUCUCCGGCUGGGCUCUCCGCCUCUGUUGUGUGCCACUGCGGUUGAGGCUCAGAGAGACAGAGAAGGGGAGAGGGAGAAGCCGAGACAGAAAGAGGAAGCAUUGGUCUCCCCCCCUUUUUCCCCCGCUGGGGAGGGGGAAGGACUAAGUUUGCAAGAAACCAAGAAGAAGGGAGAGCCCCCUCCUCCCCCCGUUUCAUCCUCCCCCCAGAAACGACCGAGGACCCCCCUCCCCAAAGAUGCUGCCUUCUGCCACCGGCGUCUUGGUCCUUCUGGGCUCCUUCUUGAUCGCCACCAGCCGAGGAAACCUGUCUCAUGAUCGGAGCCAGCCCACAACGCAAGACGAAACCGUAGUGGCCGGCAACAAGGUGAUUCUCCGCUGUCAGGUGGAAGACCAUGAAGAAUCCUCCCUCCAGUGGUCCAAUCCAGCCCAGCAGACACUCUACUUUGGAGAGAAACGAGCAUUGCGAGAUAAUCGAAUUCAGCUGGAGAAGUCUACGCCGUACGAGCUGACGAUCAGUAUUGAUAAUGUGUCUCUGGCAGACGAGGGAGAGUACACCUGCUCCAUCUUCACCAUGCCGGUGCGGACUGCCAAGGCCAUCGUCACUGUUCUGGGCAUCCCCCGGAAGCCCCUGAUCUCUGGCUACAAGGAGCCUCUUAAAGACGGGCAGACAGUCAGGUUGACAUGUGUCUCCUCAGGCAGUAAGCCUGCAGCUCAGCUCCGGUGGCACAAAGGGGGAAAACCACUGGCAGGUAAAGAUCCCGAAGUGGCAGAAGACAGCAAUGGGAAGACAUUCACGGUCACCAGUCACGUCGAAUUUGUGGUCACUAAAGAGGAUAAUGGCGUGGACGUCAGCUGUACGGUUCAUCAUGCUUCGCUGCCGAACAUGGCCACAUCGACUACUCUGAAGAUUGAAGUCUUUUAUGUGCCAAUCGCUUCUAUCGAGCCAGUCCCUGCCUACCCACGAGAAGGAGACAACCUGAAGCUACUGUGUGAAGGACAGGGCAACCCAGUCCCCCAGGAAUUCAUGUGGCGGAAGGAGGGUAUUGACACACCCUUGAUAGAGAGCCAAGACAAUAUCCUUAACUUCCCUUAUUUGAACAAAAGUGACAGUGGGACUUACAUCUGCAGUGCCACCAAUAUCAUGGGCACCUCCGAAGCAAAGUACAACCUGGCUGUUAACGAUUCUUCGGAUGCCGUACAUUUAAACCCAUCAGCAACCCAGAAAGAUGCUAGUCCGGUGGCUCACAGUUCAAGCAAAUACCACGCCAUCAUCGGGGGAGUGGUUGCUGUCAUCGUCUUCCUUCUUCUUAUCCUGCUCAUCGUUCUAGGACACUACUUGAUCCGACACAAAGGCACCUACCUAACCCACGAAGCCAAAGGUUCAGACGAUGCCCCCGAUGCAGAUACGGCCAUCAUCAAUGCGGAGGGAGGUCAAACCGGCAGCGACGACAAGAAGGAGUAUUUCAUCUAAGUGGGGAGGGUGGGGCGUGCGGCAGGGCAGCAGGGGGGGCAAGUGGCGAAAUGGGACCCGACCUCAACUGAACGACAACGGAACCCACCCAACCAAUGGAAUUUCUCUCGCGCCCAGGAAGGAUGGAUGGACGGACAGAGGGACGAUGGUGGGGACCGAGAGCAGCGGCGGACAGCGAAAGAGAAAGAGAGAUCAGCUUGGCUCACAACGCUUCUUUGAACUUGUAUAAAACAUUGUUACUAAAUGGAAAACAAAAACAAAACCUGAACACUGAGAACCCCUCAAAAACCCCUGUUCCCGCUUGCUUGUACCUACAUAUCUGCGGCUGCCAUACUCGCACUAAACAAACAGAAAUGGAGAGUGAGUCAAACCUUCCUUUCCUUUCCUUUCCUUUCCUUUCCUUUCCUUUCCUUUCCUUUCCUUUCCUUCCCUUCCCUUCCCUUCCCUUCCCUUCCCUUCCCUUCCCUUCCCUUCCCUUCCCUUCCCUUCCCUCCUUCCUUCCUUCCUUCCUUCCUUCCUUCCUUCCUUCCUUCCUUCCUUUUGGCUCCUUUUGGAGGUUGUUUUUCUUUUGAAUGGCGUGCUCUGUUUUUUGACUUCUUUUCUUUUUCAAUCUCUGUUCUUGUUCCUUUUUGUUUGGAAUGUCUUGCUAGGGGAGGGCAAUGUGGGGAAUUAGAGGAUUUGGUUGAUGUAACCUCUGCUUUCCUUUGGAGUCGUUCUGCUUUUCGGUUUCGGAUCAAGGAUCAAAUCAGCUUGCAUGAGAGAUGAACGGGGCGGGCGGGGGGCGGGCAUCCAGUGAUAAGGCACGGGCUCUCUCCCCGCAAUUGGGAAUUCUUAAAUUUGUCCCACCAUAGCUCAAGAAAUAGGGAGGGAGGGGAAACCAGGGGGGCAAUUGUGUACAGUUUUGGAACCGGAAAAAAGAGCUUUCGGGAAGGGGAUGCCGGCUCUGGAUCAGCAGGGCCAAAUUGGUUAUGGAAGUGAACUGGCUUCAAGACUUCAUGCAAAGCUUCCUCAAUGGGAAGAUGAGGAGCACAUAAAACUGAAAAUCCCCUCAUGCUCCCUUUGAUCUUCUUGGGUGGUCCACGAAAAGUGAGAACGAGGACGAUCGAUGCUUUAACAGUCUCGGACCCCCAAAUGUACCAAACUGAGCUACCCUUUGGAACCAUUCCUGAGUGGGAUUCUCGUGCAGUACUUGAUAUCGGUUAAUGGGGAGCAGGAGAGACACGAAGAUCUGGCUGAUUUUAUCCUUUGAGAUGGUUUUGUUUUCCCUGUUGAGAUGGUUUUGUUUACCCAGUUGAGUCUCUUUGAGAGGAGAAUGUCAUUGUGCGGUAAGUGUACCAAGGGGUGCCAGCUACCCAUUUCCGGUCCCCACCCAAACCCACAGCAAAAAAGACUUGUGACGGUGCCGUCCCAGAAGCCCUGUUGCUUUCCCCACCACGAGGAUGGGGGUCCCAGGUGCUUAAAGGGUCAGCCGAGGAAAGGAUCCAUUCCCCAGGAUUCUUCUUGGUUAAGAGCCACCGCGUCUCAGUGCAAAAGGGUUCUUACCCUCUGUGUCUUCCUUGGGCUAGAGGCGGAUUGAAGCCUGAUGGGGGAAGGGUGCCAGGCAGAGCUUCCCUUGGGGAGGGUGUCCUGGACUGUUGAUAGUGGUGCCCUCCCCCUAAACAAGCAGGGUUUUCAAAUUGGGAGAGGGCUCCCAAGUCAACAAAGCCCACUCUUUGCUGAUCAGGAGACUGUGUGGUGGGAUGGUGGCAAACACAGUGAUGCCACACCCCACUCAAAGAAUCCACGUGGGCCACUGCGGUUUAUCCUGCCUAGAUCCAAGAGUAUGUCAGAAAUCAGCAACUUUUCAUAACAUAUUGGGGGGGGGGGUUUUGAUGCUUGCAGCUUGUGAUUGCAGCAAACAAUUCAAACAACCCAUUCGCUGCCACCACCACCCUCCCAUGACAUCCCAGAAGGCAAAACAAGCAUGCCAGCCAUGAUCCGGAACAGCUAUCGGAAUUGACCCUGAAUCUCAGGAGCAAAGAUAGUAUUCCUCGAAAUUAUACAAUUUGUUUCAAUUUAAAAAAAAACAAAAACCUAUUCCCGUUGGGUUGUUAUUGCUGCCCCCCACUUUAAAUCAGACGACGACUGCUGUGAUUUUCAAGCUUUUCUCAAUGAGGGCUAGAAACUUGAUAGAUUUUACUGUGAGAGGACAGCAGUGAUGGGGGGAAGUGCUCUCACCAUUAGGUUUGCUUUGGGGAUACAGGCUCAGAAACAGAGGUAACGUUUGAACGGGAUGAGGGUUGCCUUAGCUCAUACAGAAAGAAAAUUCCCACGAAGCCUUCUUUAACUUCGUUUUUUGGCUUUCAUGUGUUCUGCCUCAAACUCGGAGCAAAAAUGUAGCAUGCCAGAAUUCGAUGCGUAAUGUUCUACAGCUAUUCGUACAGAUUUCUAGUAAGAUGCUUUUUCUUUGGCUGGGAAAGAGGAACUUUGAUGAGCAUGUGCAGACUGCUCCCCUCCCCCCUCCCCAUUGCAGAGUCAAGAUAGACAGCCUGGGAACAGGAAAAAGCUGAAGCCAGUAAUUCUCUUAGCUAAAGAGUGUGUGUACGUGUGUGAGAGAGCAAGCGUAUAGGCAUCCAAAAAUCAAGCUCUUGUUGUGAAUUGUGCGUAGUGUGAAGAAAAUGGAGAGAGAGAGAAAGCUUUUUCUCCCUCACCCAUAAUCCUAGAACUUGAGGCUCACCUGAUAAACUGUAGUUAGGACAGACCAAAAGUACUUCUUCAUGUGAUGCCGAUGGAACUCACUGCCACAAGAGGGUGAUGGCCAUUCCAUCAGUUUCCUUCUGAGGACCAGAGACUUGGAACAAACACCCAGACAGAGUGCAUCCGAGCAUGGAGGUUCCACGUGUGACCAUUAGCCAUGAGAACUAUUUUCUGUUGCUAUUAGCCAACUUGAGUCGGUAGAAGAGAGUUGGAUCAAUUCUAUUUAGCUAGCUGUUUGUUUAUUUGGACUGAAAAUCGGGCUGGGAUGCCUUGUGACUAGAGUGCGCCAGGGCUGGGCCUCCGCGCAAGACUUUGGUGGUGCCUCUGCAUAGGUGUAGGCGAGAGAGUUGCCAAAAUGGAAAGUGCCACGUCUGUGGUGUGCACCUGUGUGAGUGCUGCAGCACGCCUGUUGUACUAAUUAGACGUGAUGUUGUCAUCUCAGCAGGCUUAACAACAAUUUUAAAACCCUUGUUGUCUCUUCCAGCACGAAACAAUUACUUCUCCUUUGAAGCUUUCCCUGCCAAUUCGCAUGUUAACAGAACCUUUCGCAUUUUUUAACCUGGUGUGAAAAGCAGGGGAGAAAUCUCCUUUGAACUGACAAGUGUAAUUUUCAUUUUAACCCCGAUCUUGUGGUUCUGGGGCACCAGGUAAGAUUGAAUUAUUUAGAUUAAGGUUUGAGCAUUCGACUGCUUUCCCCAAAGGUGCACUAGGAGUACCUGGAUUGAGAGCCGUUGAUCUAAUGUUUAAUCUUUCCUGGCCCACUCGGUGACUCGAAGGGAUUGUCUAGGAUGGCACUUUGUGAUGGGCAAUAAAGGGUGUUUUGCAUAACCCCUAAAAAAAAUUGUUAACGAAAGUUCAGAUUGAUUGUGCAAUCUAAAGCUUCUUAUAAACACAGGUGUCUUCUACUUCUUUUAAAAAACAAAAUACCAGGAUGGGGACGUUUUUAAAAAAUCUGGCCGGGUGUUUGGUAUAUAAAAAAUGCUGUGAUAUCAUCUAGAAACAUGGCUAUUUCAAGCAUGUGGUAUGUAGUUUCUGGGGUAGGGAAGCCUUCUGGAACUCAUCCAGACCCUUCCCUGUCCAAACCCACCAGAUUUCAGUUUUUCAAUCGAUACAUCAGAUUUAAAUGAAAAAUUCUAGCAUUAGGAUGGUUGAAAGGGGGGAGGGGCAUUCUCGUCACUGUCUAUCCACGAAUGUUCUCUCGAAAGUGAAGGAAAGGACAAUUGGUUGGCACUUUAUUAAUGGGAUUGCGUGGAGAAAAUGAUACUUAAAUGAAAGCGAGACCCUAUUAGAUACAUCAUCUCUGGCAGACAUUGAGGCCAAUACCAUCUCUGUUUUUGAUAUAUCAUUCAAACGCAGGGACGAGAUUGUUCCUAAGAGACAAGCUGUUAAAUUGCAGACCCACAAAGAUUUAUUGACCGUUUUAUUAGCAGAGCGUGGAGAGAUUUGAUUCCACGGCGUUCCUUGGCCUAUCGUCCAAUAACUCCCUCAAACCAUGUGGACGUCAGAUUCCAAGUGGCAGGAUACAUUCCGCAGGCGCUGAAGUGAAUUCUUAGUGGGUUUGUAGGUCAAAUAUUCACCAAAUAUUCUCUACGUAUAGUUUCAGGUGGGUAGCCAUGUUCGUCUGUAGCAGAAGAACACGAUUCAAGUAGUUGGUCUCUAAGGUGCAACUAGACCGAAUCUUGCUAGUCUCUGAAUAUUUGCCAGAUAUUGCAUCUCUCUGUUAAUCUCUGAUGAGGCUUGAAAUAUCAGACAAAUCCAUCUGUCUCUCUAUACAUCCAUCCAUCUACCCACCUAGCAUCACCAUCAUAUCCAGGGGUCAUUUCGUAGAAAAAGAGCUGGAGGAACUCAUUAGCAUAACUCAUUAACAUAACUCAUUAGCAUAUGCCACGCCUCUUGCCAUCACCAGAAGUGUGUCAUUAGUAUAGCUGAUUUGCAUAUGCCACAUCCCCUGACACCACUUAUUCUGGCUGUUUUGGACCGAAUCCUGGCAAUUCAGGGCCGAAAUUGGGCCUAAAAUGGCAAAAGGGGGCUGAAAAUGGCUGAAAAGGGGCCCAAAAUGGUCAGGAUUGGGCCACUGAUGAGCAGGAGAGUGAUCCACCCCCUGUCAGAGGCCCGAUCCAGGCCGUUUUGGCCCCAAUCCAGGCUGAAACAGGCCCAAAAUGGCCACGAGUCAGGUGAGCGAGGCCACCUGACAUGUGACCUCUUUGGGGAACUGCUGGAACUGCAUUCCUGCAUGUUCCCCCUCGAAAUGAGCCCUGAUCAUAUCCAAUUCCCAGCAUGCUCUUUGAUACACUUAAAACCCACAACUCCAUACACUUUAGCAUCACAAAAAAACAUGGGGACACACAAAGCUGCCUUUUACUAAACCAGACCCCCUGCUCCGUCAAGGUCAGUCUUGUCUACUCUGGCUGACAGCUGCACUCCAGGGUCUCAGGCUGAGGUCUUUCACAUCACCUGUUACCUGAUCGUUUAACCUGGAGAUGAUGGGGAUUGAACCUGGGGCCCUCCGCAUGCCAAGCAGAUGUUCUGCUGCUGAGCCACAGCCCCUCUCCGAAAUAAAACUCUAGAUGGGGCUAUGCCAAUUAAGGGUGGGUGAGGUUUAAGGGACUGCCAUUGUGUUUUAUGAGUCAGAAGUAAAAACGUUAGAAUCUGAGACACCGUUGAGGAGCGGGGGAAACCUCAAAAAUACACAUCCCACAAAUCAGAAUUUAGGCUGCAUUUGAUCGCUGUCAUGCAACAGCGUUUAGUCAGGGAUGGCUGGUGUUUUCUGAGAUUUCAUAUCCAGUUGAAACCAUUCAAAGCAAACUGUAUCAGAUAGGGGGAAAAAUACACACACUCCUGUCUAAAAUUACCAAUAAGAAAAAGAGAGAGCCUGGACUUCAUAAUAUCAAAGAAGUCUGGGUCGUGUCUCUGGUUAUGAAAGUACACAAAAAGGGUUUUUUCCCCUGCGUUUGACUUCCCUGAAUAUAUAUGUAUAAGCUGCUAUAAUUUUAUAUGCAAGUGUUUCAUAUCUGACUUACUUCUGCAAAGAGUACAUUCCUCUCCCUACCGCUGUCUGAAUUCUUAAUAAUGUUCAUGGCAUUUAAACCAUCUCCUCCCUCUUUUUCCUGACUAAUCAUAAAAUAAAUAGUCUAAGGUUGUCUGGAACAUGUACACACACACACACAAGUAAUUUUGCUCGUCUUUUGACAGUUCGCAUUGAUUCCUGUCUAUCUGCCGAUCUGCCAAUUAUCAUCAUAAUUUUUCUCUUGCCUCUUCUGGAAGGAGCAAGAGCUCAGGUCAGGGCACAUCAUUCUCCUGUUCCUCCUUGAGUUUUGGCCUCCAAAUCUUCCUCAACGUUUUGGGCUUUGAGCAACAGAAGGCCAAAGGUUUGACCCCUGGAUUAGGAGUCAGCUGGAGAAACCAGUGGGGUGCUCUCUCUCUCUCUCUCUCUCUCUCUCUCCCCCUCUCUGGCUUGCAUGUGCCCCACAUCAUUAUCCUCCGAAGUCUUCAAAUUCACCUUUUUUUUACUUUACUUGGCGCUCAAAGGCCUGCACAGUUUAUCACCUCUGGCACCUCCAUUAUGAAGAAAUACAGUGGGAGGAAUCAAUAAUGGGAUUGCUUCAUUCAGCUCACAGGAUGAUCCCAAAGCAUGGUAGAUCUCACUGGGUCUCUUGAGCUGGAAGCAGGUCCCUCUACUGCGCAUGUGUGUAUAUGGAUAUGCAGGAACACAACACCUUUCAAACGCAUGCUUCCCCUCUGUUCCUCCCAUAACCACUUGUUGAGCUAGUAAAUCUUGCUGAAUGUGUUGAGUUACAGCUGUUCUCUAACUAGUACAAUGGGAGUAUGUUUUCAGAUUCAGUCUGCUCUUAAAAAUUCUCGAGUUUGAAAACAGCCAUCCACGAUGGCGUGUAAUACUUGUGUGAAUGUGGAGGAGGUUCGGGUGGGAGAACUGGUAUCCGAGAGGGCGCGUGUAAGUACCUGCUACCGCACUGAUUUGUGAAGCAUUGAGGAGUGUGAACUCUCUAUCCAUUUUCAUCCCCUCCUUCCUCCAAGGAGAUCAGGGUGGGUGUGCAGGGUUCUCUUCUCCUCCAUUUUGCAUUCACAACAACCCUGUGAGACAGGCUAGGAUGAAAGUGAGAAAGUGGGACUGGCUCACGGUGAGCAUCAUGUCAGAGUGGGGAUUUCUCCGCUGCAGAGAUGCUCAGCUUGGGACGUUGGACAUUGGAGUUACGGAAACAGAGGGCAAGAGGAAGCGGAGCUGGUGACUCUCCAAUGGAGUGAGGCUCCGUAGGGAGCAGCGAUGCGGCCAUCGGAGGAAGACCAAAAAUGCUUAUUACGGGGAAACUGCCUGUCGGUUUUCAGUGUUUUUGUUCAUUGGCUUGUAACUGUUUGCAUAAAGCCCAUUGUGAGGCCUUGCAAGGUUUCAAGCCUGGAUGGGUACAGAGAAAAGCUUUAAAAACACAGGGACAGAGCGUGUACCAAAACAGACCCGAGUAACAGAAUGCAAAAGGCAGAAAGCCAGCGUUUAAAUAAGUCUCAGGAUAACACUAGCAACAUCGUCAUGUUGGGUAUGUGUAUUUCUGUUUUGCUCAAUUCUGGACUGUUUUUCUUUAAGCAAUGGGGCUGGGGAUAUUGGGGAAAGGGCAGAAAUUCUGAGGACACAAGAAUUACCUGAUGCCGGAUCAGACCCAAAGGCCCUCUAAUCCCGCAUUCUGUUUCCGGACAGUGACCAAUCAAAUGCCUCUGGGAAUUUCAGAGUAUAAGAGCAGUGGUGUUGAUCUUCCACUGCGAUGCUUUUCCUUUUGUUCAUUGCAUUUGGUUCUUGGAAGGUAUCAUGUUAUGCAAAGAAGUUCCCCCACCCAGUGUUGUUUCACAAGACACCCCUCCCACCAAAAGCCAACAUGAUUCCAUGUUGCAUGUUCAACCCUACCGCCAAGAUUCCCUGGUCUGAAUACUGUGAUAUUUCGAAAUGCUUCCUGAGUGCCAUGGAAUUGGAACUCUGGUGUGCAUGCCUGUUUACAACACGCACAUGUGCACAGUCCCAUAUGCAAUUAUUUAUCAGAGAACAUGUGAAAGGGUUAUUCUGCGAUCACUGGGAUGGGAGGAUCAGCAGUUUCCCCUAGUCUGUUCUUUUGUUGUUCCGGAUUUUCUUUGACACUGCAUUCCACUCCUCUUUAAUUCCAGUUGAACUAGGGGCAUUGUUCAAAUUAAUUCCAGAAUAGGGUUAUGAAUAGCUUGCCACAGCUCGGAGUUCCUUCUGCUCCUUUGCAUGCAUCCCCCCACCCCAAGUUACCAAUGUCCAUUUGCACAUUGAUAAAACACAGCUAAAGAUGCAGCCUUAGUGUCAUUGUAUGUAUGACAGCAUCAAGAUUCUUUUGGUGCCAUGUUUACCUGUACACAGAGGCGCACAGAAAAAGAUUUUCGAUGCAACUGCUUGUACAAAAACAUCAGGGAGUCUUUUCAUUGUGAGGUGUAGCAGCUAUGCACUGGCUCCGUAGAGGGGGGGGAAAGAUACAAAAGAUUAGAAGGGACCGAAAGCUACAACCAAAUACAUUUGCAUGGCACAUUGCAGCUAUGAAAAUGGACCCAUAGAAGUUUCUGAAUGUAUCAUUUCUGCUUCAGAGACCACACCAGGGCCGUUCCCACAUGGCUUACCUUGUUCCGAAAAACAGCGAAAUCUCGAGCGAAAUCUCGAGCGAAAUCUCGAGCGAAAUCUCAUCUUCUCGCGUGAUUUCGCGUGAGAUUUCACUCUUUCCCAGAACAAGGUAAGCCGUGUGGAAACGGUCUAGAUCAUCCAGAGCUCCAAAAUCUGAGGAGAGUUUAGGAUGUGGAGAAUUUAAGGCGCCUUCCUAUGUGGAAGCCAAACUUCCUCCCCACUCUAAUGAGCCCCAGCAACAAGAAUCUGCAUAGCCCAAUCCUGACUUCUGUUUCUUGGCCACGCUAGAUAGAGUUAGAAUGGGCUGAUAGAAAUAUAUCUCUGCCUGGAUCUGGUACUCCUGGUGCUCAGUUGGAAAACGCCGGUCCCCAAAAUAAUGUUGGGCACCAGUGAGGAACAAGGGGCACCAAACGUGAAGUCCAUGUCUCUUAUUUGGAUCCUUCCCCUUCUCUGAGAAACUUGGGGAGGGGAACAAAGGUUAUACCCAACAAGACUGGCUAAAAAACAAUCUGUCCCCUACCCAGGGCAGCUGGCACCCCUUCUUGGAAUGGGCUCUAGAUUGCUUCCUGGUUGGAGUUGGACUCUCCCAUUAUUUACACGAAAGCCAUAUUUGUACUGAGCUAAACAAAAGAAAAAGGAAAUACACCUACACACACACAAACCUUCUUUUGGGUGGACAGUGGACAUAAGAGAGGAUGGCGGCCUUGGAUUGUCGUGCUGUGUUCUUGUAUGUACAUAAACUUCAGGGGUGUGGGGGGGAAAUUACAACUGUCAAUGUUACUUUAUAACCUUUCUUAAUAUCCUGUGCUAAUCUCAGAAGAUAAAUCUAUAAAUAUAUCUGGAUUAUACAUGUUA